UGAUAUUAGCGCUACACCAUAAGAAGAGCAUAUUUAAGAGCCUCAGCUGUUAUAAGUUGAUAUUUUGGAGUAGAAAAUACCUUAAUGUAGACAGAAACCGCUCGGUUUAUUUGUUAAUCAUUCACAUUCUUUAUUAUAGGCAGUAUUGGCUGUAUUGUCCUCAGUUAUUCGUGAAAUAUCUCUUUAAAGAGCUUGUUUUUGUAGCUUAGCCUCGUAACUUAGGGAGCUAAGCUAAGCGAAGCUAAGCUAAGCUAACAGUUGUCUGUAGUUCAUUAGUUUCCGUAGUCGUAGCUGCUGCUGACAGGUUGGUCUGCGUACAAAUAUUAAACAGAGAGAAUCACAGACACUGCUGAUGGCCAACUCAGAUUUCCUUCUCCAGUUUCAAGAUUUUGAAAAUGAUGCAGAUCUAAUGGGCAGUAAUGCUGGGGCUACUAGAAUCACCAUUGAUGACAACAAUUCUAAACCCCAGAAGCAGCGGAGGGCUGCAGGAACUGCUCUAUUAGAAGAUGAGGAUGGUCCACUGGAGAGCGACGACACUGCCGAGCUGCUCUCUGGUCAGAAGAAGAGCGCCCCCUUCUGGACAUUUGAGUACUACCAGACGUUUUUCGAUGUAGAGACUCACCAGGUGAAGGACAGGAUCGUGGGGUCCGUGCUGCCGUGGCCUGGAAAAAACUUUGUCCGCCAUUACAUUAGGAACAACCCUGACCUGUAUGGACCUUUCUGGAUCUGCGCCACACUGGUCUUUGCCAUCGGUAUCAGUGGAAACAUCUCCAGCUUCCUGGUGCAUCACGGUCAGCCGCAGUAUAAAUACGUGCCGGAGUUCAGGAAAGUCACGAUUGCAGCCACAGCCAUCUACAGCUACACCUGGCUGGUUCCACUGGCUCUUUGGGGCUUCCUGAUGUGGAGGAACAGUAAAGUGUCCCGCAUGGUGUCCUACUCAUUUCUGGAGAUUGUGUGUGUGUAUGGCUACUCGCUUUCCAUCUAUAUCCCUGCUGUGGUUUUGUGGAUUAUACCCAGUGAAGGACUCAGAUGGUGCUCCAUUGUUUUGGCUCUGUGUCUGUCAGGGUCUGUGCUGAUGUUAACGUUUUGGCCGGCUAUCCGGGAUGACCACCCACGGGUGGUUCUGGCCGUUACUGUCACUAUUGUGACGCUUCACGUUUUGCUUGCAGUUGGCUGUAAGGCGUAUUUCUUCAGCACAUACGACUCUUCAGCACCUGCGGCGAGUCCGGCACCGGCGGCGGCUGCGGCCAAGGUCGUACUGACCACACAGGCACAUUGAGCUUCAGCUUUAGCUUCUCCUGUUGCCUGAUUGGCCGGGUCAAGUUUCUGCCUCAUGAGGUCAUGGACCAUCUGGAUUUCAGCAGAUUAGCGUCCCGCGGGUUCAGCUGUGAGGUUACCGACCCGAGACCAUCACUGACACACUUAUGAUUCCUGUGUGUGUGUGUGUGUGUGUGGGUGUGUGAAAGUGUGUUUGGGUGUGUGGGUGGUUAGCAUUUUUACCUGACUUGUGGAAUGUAUGCUUUGAUUGAUCGCGAGUGUUCUGUUACUGGGUAGACUGGGUUAAGGAUAUAUAACACUGUAUGUAGCGGCGUCUGAAAUAUUGAUGUUAUAAUUGAACUUGAGAUGUCCACUAAAAGGGCCAUUCUUCUGUUUCAGCUGAUUGUGACUGGUACCUACACUAGAUUACUGUUUCUCAGCCCUGGUCCUGGAGGAAGCCUGCUCUGCAAUAUUUAGGAUGCUCUGGACUUUCAGACUCUUCAGUUUGGUUGUUAAAGAUGCCGCGAAUCACGGUCCAAAUCACAGGACCAGAAUUUGGUCAGAACGAUAGAGGUGGUCUCAGCCCAUAUCUACUGAAUCAUGGUUUGAUUAGUUUGCAGUGGAAAAACACUUUUCUAGAUGAUUCAGACUUUCAGACCAAUUACAGAAAGUUGAGUCAGGCUAUUAUCACCCAGUAAAUAAUAGAAGAAGAAAAAGAAGCAGUGUUGUGCAGGCCUUUCUCCCAGCAGUACAACAGGUUACAGUGAUGAUACACAACAGUAAUUGUAAAAUAAUUAAAUCUGAAUUUCCAGAUGGGUGAUUUUCAGCUAUGGAUAGCUUCCAGAAACAUUCAGGACAGUUGAACUGAUACGGUUGUGAAAGUGAGUCUGGAGCUAUAUAAAAACCAUCAAACAUUUUGGAAGUUGUUUUGAACUGUAACAUUUAUUUGUAUCAUGUAAUAGUUUAAGGGUUAAGCCCUAAAAAGCCCUGGAACCAGGUCUACAAUAAUAGUUCAGUUGACCCAGAUAUUGAUACCUUUUUGCGUCCUUUAGGGAGGUAAUAAAGUAGGAUGAGAAACUGAUACAGGACUACAGACUGUUAUUAUAGAACUAUGAAGUGUUCUCUAUGAUCAGUGAAGCUAAAAAAAUAGAUUUUGUGUAGAAACAAGGUGGUAAUAAUAUUAUUAUUAAUUGGUUACUGAAUCACGGUCUGAUUCGUUCGCAGUGGAAAACCACUUUUCUAGAUGGUUCGGAAUUUCAGACCAAUUACAGAAAGUUGAGUCAGGCUAUUAUAUCCCAGUAAAUAAUAGAAAAUGAAAAAAAAAGAAGCAGUGUUGUGCCAAAAUCCAAGCGCCCUUGGCGUUCAGGCAUGUACCUAUACUGCUGUGGGACAACAGAUUUUACUGGUGAUUCUGUAUCUACUGUAACUGUAGAUUAACCCUUAUUAUAAACAGAAAUAAAGGAAAUCUGAGUGGAAUCUAAUACACUUAUUCUGCUGUGGGACUCAUCUGCACUGGAAGUGAGUUCUGGCAGAAUUCGGCACAACACCUGGAAAGGCAGUUUACCAAUCUGAUAAUGUUAUUCAAAAACCAAUCAGUGUAAAGUUCGAUAUACGGCGACUCCGCCCAUGUAGGUGAUGAUGACUGAACCUAAUAAAAACUGCAGUGACAAACCAAGACUAGCCAAAUUAAAUUUUUUCCCAGCUCCAAACACAUCUGAUUCAGCCAGUCAGCUCUUUAACAACCCAUUCCAGAGUUACUAGGGAAUAGUUAAAGCAGGGAAUCCAGUAAAAUGUGCAGAGCAGGAUGCCUCCAGGACCAGGAUUUAGAAACACUGCUGUGAACGGCACUGUAUUUAUCUAUAGCACAAAUAUAUUAGCCACCUGCAGUAUGUAGAACAUAUUUAAUAAAACCCCAAAUCGGAAAAGGUCGGGAAGGGUAUGGGAAAUGCAAAUAUAUUAUACUUUUUUUAUUUUUAUUUUUUAUUUCAGACAGCAUGAACCCAAUGUGUCAAUGUUACUCUUCUCAACUUGAUUUUAUUCAUUAUUUUACAUUCGUUCCUGCAUUUCAGACAUGCAACAUAUUUAUAAAACGUUAUGAAAAAGUCCUUGAAAGUUUUUAAAGGGAAAAUGUUGGGUUCACACUUUUAGUCAUAAAAAAAUAAAAGCCAAAAUAAAAUGUAAGAAACACUGCAGCUUUUUAUUAUUAGCUUUUUCCAUACUGUCCCAACUUCAGAUUUAGUGUUGUAAAAGAGUAACUAUUUCACACCUGUGUAAAUGCCAAUUCUUAUUUUUUAAAAAGCUUUUAUCAUUAUAUUGUAUCAUAAUAAUCUAAAUUGUUGUGAAGCAUUGUUGUAUUGUAUCAUAUUGUAGUAUUUUGGGAGAUUGAUAGGACUGUUUGAUCUAACAUUAUGUGCCUUUACUAGGGUUGUAUAUAUACAUGCCAACAACCUGUUAAAAUUGAAUCCUUUAAUAAAUGUUCUCUUAUUUGAAAUGAAUAA